UUAUCAUUUAGAUUUUACCAACGUGGUCAGCACUCCUUUGUUGUCUCCAAAAUUGUUUCCUUGAGAACUUCAUCUAUCAUUUCCUUUGGUCGUGGAUUCAUUUCACUUCCUGCUUAUUUUAUUUCUUACUGUCUACUUCCCCCUUUUUCUUCAUCUCCCUGUUUCCUCGCUUUGUUGAUUUUUCAUGGAUUUCAUCCAAUUUGGUCCCUAGAACAAGCAAAUCUCUCACAGAUUAUCUUUUGGAUCUCACUUCCCAGUUUCACAUCACUAGAAAGAUCGUCCUGAAACAAGACUAGGGCUUGGGAGUUCGAUUGACGGUGGAAUUGGGGUGAUCCCAUCCUUUGUUUCUUCCUGAUUGAGUGUGUGUUUCAGAAAUCCUCAAUUUGGAGGAUUAAUUGGGAGUAGUUGUUGGAGGGGUCAUUGGAUUAUGGGCAGCAGUGAGGCUGAUGCAUCUGCCAAGGCUCCAAAGACAUCCACAGCUCAGGAACAAACUCCUGCCACUAGCUCCACCCCUGCUGUGACUGUUUACCCAGACUGGUCGACCUUUCAGGCAUAUUCACCGAUUCCACCACAUGGUUUCUUCCAUUCUCCGGUGGGAUCGAGUCCCCAGCCUCAUCCUUACAUGUGGGGACCUCAGCACCUUAUGCCACCAUAUGGAACUCCGCCACCUCCGUACGUAAUGUAUCCUCCUGGAGGGUUAUAUUCUCAUCCAUCUAUUCCUCCUGGGGCACAUCCUUUUAGCCCUUAUGCUAUGGCUUCUCCGAGCAGCAACAUUGAGGCUUCUGGAACUGCUCCUGGAGUGGACAUUGAUGGUAAGUCAUCUGUAGGUAAGGAAAGAAGUCCCCUGAAAAGAUCCAAAGGAAGUUUAGGUAGUUUAAAUAUGAUUACAGGGAAGAACAACAGCGAGCCAGGUAUAAAUUAUCAGGGCAACCAGCCAAUGGAGCCUUCUCUCAGAGUGGUGAAAGUGGAAGUGAGAGUUCAAGUGAAGGGAGUGAUGCCAAUUCUCAGAAUAUGUCUGCAGCAGCUUAAACUGAUAGUUUUGAAUCUACCAAAAGCUUUCGUUUGCCUCAGCUCUUUUGCUUGCAUGGUGGUGAAGACAUCGGCCGGUCACCGUGGAUGGAGCCAACAUCCAACCUACAGCCAAACCACCAUGGAUGGAGUCGACAUGCGACCUGUAGAGGCCUCGACGAAGGCAACAGCAGCCUUCUGCUUCAAUGCACUGCUGACGACCGAGGAUGAUGGUGUUGUGCCAGAAAUCUCUUGUUUGAAAGCCAAUAACUGAUGUUUCUAUAGGAUUCUUAACAUUCGAUUAGCUUGUAGUUGUUUGUUAUUUCUUGAUGAACAACUGUGUGCAUGUAUUCAUCUGAGUCAAGAACAUUUGUUGCUUUGAUGAUUAGUUUCUUACAUGUAGGAACUCACUAAACAUUCUUAAUAAUAGAUUAGCUUGUGGUUGUUUAA